CCAGGAGCUUCGUCCUCACAAUCAGGUUGCACUGGGCAUUGUCUCUGUGAUGCUCCUUAGCCUGCAGUUGCCUGGAAGGCACGCCCACAUCCUUUCUUUUGCCCACUGAGCAGCAGGAGGAUAGACGGUUCUUACCUGCCUGUGCACUUGGGCCUGUGCCCUGCAGAUGAGCGAUGGCCCAAAUCAUAGACCUGGUGCCCUGGGACGAAUGCUCCGCCCACUUGUAUGCUUCCCCAGCGGUCCUCCUCCCCCUGGAGCGAGUGCGCCACCCACUGGCCGGUGUGAAGCACCAGCUCUACCACCCGGCCUUGCCUUCCCUUCGGCGCAUGGAUAUGGACACUGUCAAGGGUUGCCUCUCCGAUGAACACUGCCAGUCUUCCACCUACUUCUCCAAAGAUGAUUUCAACAAGGCCCACUUCACACUCCUAGGGGUCCCCAACAAACCCCUGCAAUGCCUGGAUUUCACAGCAACCGGCCAGAAGCUCUGUCACAAGUAUCGUGGCGGCAAGAUGAUUCCCAUCGCGCCAGGCAUCAACCGGGUCGACUGGCCCUGCUUCACGCGUGCCAUCGAAGAUUGGUCUAAAUUCGUGUCCAGGUCCGAAGAGUUCAAGCUGCCUUGUGCCAACAAAAGGGUGGAGGGUUUCAGUGGCUACGCGGUGCGGUACUUGAAGCCGGAGGUGACCCAGAACUGGCGGUACUGCCUCAACCAGAACCCCAGCCUGGACCGCUACGGACAGAAGCCCCUGCCUUUCGACUCGCUGAACGCGUUCAGGCGCUUUGGCUCCCACUACAGUCGCAUCAACUAUCUGACUCCCUGGCAUUAAUCCGUGGGGGGAAAAGGCUGAUUCUUCUAUGGCUGGACCGUGCCACCUCAGGGCCCCUAGCCGGACAGAGGGCAUAUGGUGGCACCACCCAUCUUCUCCCCAGGAGUUCAGUUCAAGAAAUAAACCUAAUGCUUCCUCAGAGAGGCCCUAGGCUCGUGGCGGGGGUGGUGGUCGGGGGCUGGGGGGAGUGAAAGAGAAGUCUGGAGAAAGGUCAGGAUAGUGUAUUACCUGUUCUUUACAAACUCCUGGGAAAUGGGGAGAGGGCGUGUAGGGGCUGGUGAAGGAUGUUUUGUGGACUUGGAUAGAGUUAUCAGGACCCCAGCUAGAUCUCAAGUCUAGCUGGGGUGGAGGCACAAGGACAGGCUGGGAUAUGAGUUUCCCUAAUGCUCUUGUCCCUCGCUUGCAACCCCUAACCAAGAUCCUGAAUGUGGAGCCUCUAACUGAGUUUGAGCAUUGAGAGCAAAGAAGAGACUUAUGACACCACCAUGUACUUUGGUGUGCUUUGGGGUUUCCUGGUACCAGAACUUCCCUGAUGGGAAGUGGGCAGGUUAGGUUUAUACCCUCUUAUUCCCUGUGAAACAGAUUUCAAAUAUAAACUGGGAUAAGAUGAUUGAGAAUAUCUUGGGCUCCUCAAGGCACUGCUAAGAAAUUCAUUGCCUAAACAGAAGGCUAUCUGCUGUAUGUACUCUUGAGCAGUGGGACAGGACCUCAUCAGUCCCUCGGUUUACACACCCUAGUCCUGAGCCCCUCUUGUGAUGGUGGGCGUGAUGGCCUAGGUGAGAGGAGCCCCAGGGAAGUGGGCUUCAGUCUGGUGCAAUGUUAGGGUAACUGGCAUCUGUAGCUCUUGGGUCUCCCAUACUCCACCCCGCCGAGGGCAGACGGCAGGGAGAGGUUCCCACUGGGACAAAUAGUCACUGUGCUUAGGAACUCAGUAUGGGAGUUCUGUUCCUGGAACCAUCCUUGGAGCUUCAGAUAUCCCCAAACCUGGAAUUAUGUGCAAAGUCAUGUGCUUACAUGCCCAGAGCAGACCCUUUGUUUUCAUCUUAUUCUCAGCAGAGCUGGCAUCCUCAGGACUUAGGUUCGCUCAUUAUUCCCUUUCCUCCCUGAACCCACUGCACAGCUGCUGCAUGCAAGGCUAAUAUCCCAGGAGGAAGGGACUGAGAGGAAAAUGUCCUCACAGGUCAGAACAUACUAUCACCUGAUAUUUGGAAUUCUUCAAACAGGGCAGGGAGCCAGGGGAAGAUAAACCCAGCUUCCUUCAAGCAAACUCAGUGGACAGCUUUGGGAAGCCAACGACAGAGCCCCAGAGCCGUUAGUGCUCCAAGCGUUCAUUCCAAAUGAUAAAGAAAUGGACCUGGCUAGGUUCACAGCGGAUGCUCACAUCCUGCUUUGGGUGAGAAUGGUCAGAGGGGCACCAGUGAACAGCUGAUGGUGCAAGGAGGAACCGAGUGACCCGGAAUUUUUAUUUUUUUCUGGGCCCGCUUCUGUGACCCAGUAUGACCAAGAAAGUUCACCUUGUAAUGUGGCCCAGCUUUGAGGCCUUUGCCUGGGCCAGGGUUCCGCUGAAUGCUCAGGUGACACAGACAAGAGGUCACCCAUGCUUUAUUAGUGGUUUGAGUCCAGUGGGGAAAAAACCGAUAGGCAGACCAAGUCACUUUAAACCACAACCUACACCCCUCUAGUCUAGGACACUACAGGGGCCAGCCCACAGCAGUAAAGGUUCUUGUCCACUGGCUACAUGCUUAACACCAACUUUAUAAAUACAAGAAAUAGAAGCUGUGUCUAAGAAUAAGGGGAGGAGAAAGCAUAAGCAAAACCAAUUCAGUGUAUGCUUUUUAUUAAGAUUUUAAGUGUUUCACAGGCCCUGUGAGGUAAGUUGUUUUAAAUCCAUUUUAUAGCUGGUUAAGUAAAUGGACUUGGGGAUAAAGAAAUGGCUCUGAGGUUGAGUGCUGGCUGCUUUUCCAGAGAACCCAGGUUCAGCACCCACACGGAGGCUCAAAACCAUCUUAACUCCAGUUCCUAAGCAUAUAACACUUUCUUUUGACUCCAGGGGCACCAGGCACACAGGUGGUGCACACACAUACACCCAGGCAAAACACUCAUUCACAUAAAACUAACUAAAUAGGCUAGAGGAAGUUUUGAUUGGCCCAAGACCAUACAGCUGGUGACCGGCAAAACUAGGAACCGAAGGCAGUGAGACUGUGAUCUACUUCUUUCCUGCUCCGAGGAGCAAGCCAAGAGUGGAGAGGAAAGCAGAAGGUCUUCCUGGGCUGGAGACAUGAGACUAGUACUUAGAAGGAAGAGACCUCCCAUCAGAACACUAAGAAGCCAAGAUUAGUGGCAUACACUUAAGAGUCCCAAACAAUGGGGAGGCUGAGGCAUGACUGAUGUCCCAGGAGUUUGUGACUAGCCUGGGAAACAGACAUAGGAAUGCUCUCAGAAGUACUAGGAGUGGCAACCACCUCACAGCUAUGACCUCCUCUGUACCUUCAGAGGGUUGUGGCUCCGCAUAAACGGGUCCCAUCUGAAGUCUUCUCUGUAGUUGUAACCUCGGGACAGUGCAGCCAGCAUGAUCCCCAUCUCUAGGCCUUUUGGACUUGAACACAUGCAGUUCCCUGGCCUUUACCACAGACCCCACCAUCUUUUCUUGCUUGUCUAUCCUACCCUCAGGCUCUUGCCUCCCCAACUUUGUUCAAAGCCAUCCUUCCACCCCUUUCUACCCAGUCUCAAAAGCCUCAAGUGCUCCCUUCUCCCCAGUCUUCCCAAAGACCACAAGUACAGGGCUCUUGGCUGUUUCGGGGGACUCACAUCUGUGGCCAGCAGGCUUACUUGCCAGCUCCUUUUACCUUCUAAGGUUCAGGGAUAGGCUCUGGGGCCUCCAGAACCAUGCAGAUAUAUCUAUCUGGACAGAAUGAAAUUUCUACUAUAAAGUAACAGUAAUGUUUAUUACAGAGCAACAUGGAGAACAUGCAUCCUAGCCCAGGGUCUAGGGCUGGCAGAAGGGCAGGCUCAGAAAUAAGGCUCACACUGAGAUGGGGGUGGGGUGGAGAUGACACGGCCCAGGUGUCAGUGGACAUUUUUACUGUGUUGUUUGUCUUUGGGUGCACAUACACGCAGAGGGUAAUCAGCAUCAGGUGUCUUCCAUCACUCCUCACCUCAUGUUUUUUGAGACAGGGUCUCUCAAAAACCCAGUGUUCACCAAAUGGUUAUCCUGACUGGUAGGAACACCAGGAAUGUCUGUAUGUCUGUCUUGUCAUUCCUCCCACUAUCAGCCUAGGAUCACAGAAUCACACAGCCGUGAAGGUGCUGGGUAUCCAAACUCUGAGCCUCAGGCUCAAGCAGCAGGCACCGCAAUAACUGAGCCGCCUUCCCCUCAGCCCCUACUCUACUCAAUUCUGAAACUCUUCACUCUCUCGUGUGACGCUCGUGCCUUAUGCCUGGCAAACAGCAGAUACUCACGUUAUGGUUGUGGAAGAAGCAAACAUAGGAUUGUAGAGCCAGGCUGGGUGGGGACAUGGAGAGGAGGGAGCUUCCUGCCUCCCCACAGACUGACCUUUACAGGAUCCUACAGCAGAGAUCUCUGGGAAUGUAGACCGAGAGCAGCCAAGGCUCUUCCUGAAGCUAUGUACGACUGACUGCUCAGGGACAAAAACGCUUUGUUAAGGAUGGGAUGCAGGCCUUGUCACCAGAGUCAGCUGUGAGUUUGGGGGACUCCUGCAGAGUAGUCCAGCACGGGACAAAGGUCUGCUCUGGAGGAAGAACAGGGCUACAGGCCAGGAGGGACAUUACUGGUUGGAGAUGACAUUUCAUGACAGUGCUGGAAGGUGCAGGCCCUUUAAGGACCUGCCUCUCUGUCUGCACAGGAAGGUGGACAACAGUAAUUUGGAUCUGUGAAGAAGCUGAACACCAUCUGGGGCAGGGAGAGCAUUUUGUUGCCUUGAUUCCCCUGGCCAGAUUGGGUGUCUGUCAGGUCAUACAGCCUGUCUUUCACCUGUGUGGCUUAGACAAUCCCUGAGCCUUGAAAUGAUCUGGACAGGACUGUUCCAGUCUAUCCUGCCCACUGAGCAGAGUUUUAUCUUUGCCACACAACUAGAAAAGAAACUGGGCCUUAAGCCUGGCAGAGCCACAAAGGCCCCUUGCUGUUAGCUGCUGAGUGGUGGAAGCCGACAGGAAGGAACCUCUUGGCUUCCCAGGGGCCACAGAGGGGAUAGGAAAAGAUGGGGUCUGGUCAUAGUUUUCCGAACAGUUGUAGCGUGGGUAGCUGCAUGUCCUUUGAAGUUUUCUAUCCUUAUCUAGGACAAGGAGCCCUUGGCUAGUUCUCUCCAGCCCGACUCUGGCCUUUGGGAAAUGGAGGCUUGUGAGCUGCAGCUGAGGACAAGGAUGGUGUACAGUAGAGAUACGUGGAAGGACUAAGCUUCUGGCCUUUCAUGAGUUGCUGGUCUCUCAUGGUCCAGCUCCUUCGAGGGUUAAGACUGACCCUUAGUCAGGAGGGGUGAGGUAUGCUGCAUUGGUAGCUGUUGGCUUGUCUGUGGCUUCCCUGUGGGGUCUCAACAAUGAUUCCAUGCAACUCUCACAACAGUGGGGCAAGUUAACCUUCCAAUGUGUUCUUUUGACAGAUAUGGCGACUGUGUCCCAAAGAGGUUAAGUGACCGGUCCAAGCUUACACAGCCAGAAGCCUCAAAGCUCAGGAUUCAAGCCUCGCCCCAACCUGCUCCUUUGGUCUGCUUUGUGUCUCAGCCUCUGCACCUCCCAACAAACCCUCUGCAAAGAACGAGUGGAAGAGCUGUGGGCUGCACCGGUCAAUGUCUUUACUUCUAGAGCACAUGUCAAACUCACUGUAUUUAACAUCAAAAGUGGCUGCCUAAAA